UCCAAUUUCAUUUCUUCUCCUUCAUUUUCCGGUAAUUUUCCUUUAAGAAGGUGACAGAGGGGCGGAGCCUGAGCAGGUACCUGAGAUCACGUCUUACAACUCCUUAGAGUGAAGACAAGUGCACGACCGGGGCCACAGUCACUUGACAGAUGAUGGAGCCUCAGCUGACAAAAUAUGUGAACACCAUAAAGAUGGAGGAAAUGGCGACACCUGUCCCCGAAGCCUCGCAGGGUCCGAAGACGUAUUCGGUGGAGGACGCGGUGGAGACCAUUGGAUUUGGCCGGUUCCAUAUUUUGCUCUUUCUGAUUAUGGGGAGCACCGGGAUCGCUGAGGCCAUGGAGAUCAUGCUGAUCGCCGUCAUCUCAUCCUCCAUCCGCUGCGAGUGGCGUCUGCAGAGCUGGCAGGUGGCGCUGGUCACUAUGAUGGUAUUUUUCGGAUACAUGAUCUUCAGUAUAUUCCUUGGUCUUCUCGCAGACAGAUACGGUCGUCUUAAGAUCCUGUUCAUCUCCUUCCUGUGGGGGGCGUACUUCUCCUUGCUCACCUCCUUCUCUCCAUCGUACGUCUGGUUUGUCUUCCUGCGCUGUUUGGUUGGAUGCGGCGUCGCGGGUCACGCACAAGGCCUCAUUAUCAAAACGGAAUUCUUGCCAAAAAAUGUCCGGGGAUACAUGCUCCCCCUAUCACAGCUCUUCUGGCUCGGGGGGUCCUUAUUGAUCAUCGGUCUGGGAUCGGUGGUCAUCCCCACCCUCGGCUGGCGUUGGCUCGUACGUUUCGCUUCAAUUCCUGGCAUCAUUCUCGUCCUCGUUUUCAGAUUCAUCCCCGAGUCGGCCCGAUUCAAUCUUUCUGUCGGAAAAAAUCAGGAGGCGAUGGAGACGCUGGAAAAAAUCGCCAAAAUAAACCGUUCACACAUGCCAGAGGGAACAAUUCACGAAGAAGUUGCGGAGAACACAGGGAAAUUCCUUGACCUUCUAGACCGGAAAUAUCUGCGGACGUCGUUGCAGAUCUGGGUCAUCUGGUUGGGAAUCGCCUUUGCGUACUACGGCACGAUCCUGGCCAGCACGGAGCUGCUGGAAAACAAUCUGCUGUGUGAGACGGGUCAAGCCCCAGAGAGGCCAGCGCCAGGGGAUGGGCCCUGUUACUGCAACUUGUUAAGCCCCUCUGACUACCACACCUUGAUCAUCAGCACGCUGGGCGAGAUUGCUUUAAAUCCUUUCAACAUUGUGGCCAUUAAUCUUCUCGGCCGGCGCUGGUCACUUGGCAUCACUUUGACGACCACUGGCAUCUUCUUCCUCCUGCUGAACAUCUGUAUGUCACGGGCUGGACUCAUCGGACUUUUCUUCUGUCUUCGAGCUCUGGUGUCAGCAAACUUCAACACCAUCUACAUCUACACUGCGGAGGUUUAUCCGACUGUGAUGAGAGCGAUUGGGAUGGGGACGAGUGGUUCAUUGUGCCGCAUAGGAGCAAUGGCAGCGCCAUUUAUAGCACAAGUCCUGCUCAGCAAAUCCAUAAUCGGGGGUCUCUGCCUCUUCGCCUCCAUGUGUUUUAUCUGUGCUCUUUCGGCCUUCACUCUGCCCAUAGAGACCAAAGGUCGAGCUCUGCAGCAAGUCAAGUGAGGCGAAGCCUAGAAGAGAAGAUUUUAUUACAAGUGAGGAGAAGACGUUAGUCGUCACCGUGUUAGUCAUACAGACCAAUCAACAAUGAAAAAUAAUAAAGAAAAAGUCAAAAUAAUCGAAAGCGUUUUCUUCCGCAAAAAAAAUAAAAAAUGUUUUUUAAAUUGGCGGGGCGCAACAGUACACGGUCAAGAUGAACCGAGGUGGAGCGUAUACGUUUCAUGGGGUAUUCAUAGUUCAAAUGUACUUAUUGCCGAUCCCGCAGACGUUGGAUCCCUGAGGGCCCCAAGGAGUGGUGCCCGCUCCACUAAUUAAUUUGCCGAAAAGAGCAAAAAAAAAAAAAAAACAGCACUUGGCCAUAGACCAGUGUUUUCUAACCAGUGCGCCUCCAGCUGUUUCAAAACUACAAAGCCCAGCAUGCCCAGAUAGCCUCCAGUCCUUAAAGGGAUACUCCAGUGGAAAACCUUUUUUUUUUUUUUUUUUUUAAAUCAACUGAUGCCAGAAAGUUAA